AUGUUAGAGGCCUGUGCAUGGGAAACUCAUUACCCAUGCUUCACUCAUUCGUUAUAUUGUAAUGAGAAAGAAGAAUUGAAAAACGCCUCUGUGAACGUCGCCUUUGUGACUAUCAGGAGGGGCCUAUUAGCCAGCAGCUUCACAGAAACACAUUAUUUGAAAGACGGCACUGAUGUGGUUCUCGCACGCAAUUACACGGGUCACUGCUAUUACCAUGGCAAUGUGCGAGGGGACCCCGACUCCUCGGUCAGUCUCAGCGCCUGCUCUGGACUCAGGGGAAUUAUUGUAUUUGAAAACAAAACCUACAUACUGGAGCCAUUAGAAGGUGCUACAAAUAAACACAAGAUCUACCGAGCAGAGAAUUUGAAAAUAGCCCCAGGAUCUUGUGGCCACCAGCUGGACAUCUCUGCCAUAAGAGCUGAUGACAAUGACACAUCACACCAUUCUCAAGCUGGCAGGUACAAGAGGGAGACUCUGAAGACAACAAAGUAUGUGGAGCUUGUUAUUGUGGCAGAUAAUCGUGAGUUUCAGAGACAAGGCAAGGACGUGGAAAAAAUUAAGCAGAGGCUGAUAGAAAUUGCAAAUUAUGUUGAUAAGUUCUAUAGGCCACUAAAUAUUCGAGUAGCCCUGGUUGGAGUGGAAGUAUGGAAUGACAUGGAUAAGUGCUCUAUUUCUCAAGACCCUUUCACCAGCCUCCAUGAGUUUCUGGACUGGAGAAAGCUAAAACUACUACCUCGUAAACCCCAUGACAAUGCACAGCUGAUAAGCGGGGUGUACUUCCAAGGGACUACCAUUGGCAUGGCGCCCAUAAUGAGCAUGUGCACUGCAGAGCAGUCUGGAGGGGUCGUCAUGGAUCACUCAGAAAACCCUCUGGGUGCAGCAGUCACCCUGGCCCAUGAACUGGGACACAAUUUUGGAAUGAAUCAUGAUACAUUGGAGAGGGGCUGUAACUGCAAAGCGUCUACUGAUAAAGGGGGUUGCAUCAUGAACCCCUCUACUGGUUAUCCAUUUCCCAUGGUGUUCAGUAGCUGCAGUAGAAAGGACCUGGAAAACAGCCUGGAAAAAGGAGUGGGAAUGUGUCUGUUUAACUUGCCUGAAGUCAAGGAGUCCUUUGGUGGGCAGAAGUGUGGGAAUGGCUACGUGGAGGAUGGAGAGGAGUGUGACUGCGGGGAGCCUGAUGAAUGUACAAACCGGUGCUGCAAUGCAACGACCUGUACUUUGAAACCAGGAGCAGUGUGUGCACAUGGACUUUGCUGCGAAGAUUGCCAGUUAAAACCAGCGGGGAUUUCUUGCAGAGAGUCAAGUAAUUCCUGUGACCUGCCCGAGUUUUGCACAGGAGCCAGCCCUCACUGCCCGGCUAACGUGUACCUGCACGACGGGCACGCGUGCCACCGGGUAGAUGGCUAUUGCUACAACGGCAUAUGCCAGACCCACGAGCAGCAGUGUAUCACCCUCUGGGGACAAGGUGCGAAACCUGCUCCUGGGAUCUGCUUUGAGAGAGUCAAUUCUGCAGGUGAUCCUUACGGCAACUGCGGCAAAGACUCCAAGAGCUCCUUUGCUAAAUGUGAACCCAGAGAUGCUAAAUGUGGAAAAAUUCAGUGUCAAGGAGGAGCAAAUCGACCUGUAAUUGGUACCAAUGCUGUUUCCAUAGAAACUAAUAUCCCACUUCAGGAAGGUGGCAAGAUUCUGUGUCGUGGUACCCAUGUGUAUUUGGGUGAUGAUAUGCCUGAUCCUGGUCUUGUGCUGUCAGGAACCAAGUGUGAAGAUGGAAAAAUUUGCCUUAAUCGCCAGUGCCAGAAUACGAGCGUUUUUGGUGUACAUAAAUGUGCAACAAAGUGUCAUGGACGUGGGGUCUGCAACAAUAAAAAGAACUGUCACUGUGAGGCAGACUGGGCUCCCCCGUACUGUGACAAGCCAGGCUUUGGUGGCAGCGUGGACAGCGGACCAAUUAGACAAGCAGAUAAUAAGAGUUUAACCAUAGGAGUGUUGGUAACCAUUCUGUGCCUUAUCUUUGCGGGAUCAAUCAUGUAUCUGAAAAGGAAGACUUUCAUGAGAUGGUUGUUUACAAGUAAAAAGACCACAAUAGAGAAACUAAGGUCUGUGAGCCCAGCAAGGCCUUCCAGUUCAUCAGAGCCUAAUCAUGUUCACACCACGUCUCUCAGUAAAAAUCUCAUCAGGAAGCCACAAAAUACAAACAUACAAAAAAGAGAUGGUCCAAGGAGACCACUGCCGUAUCAGAUCAUUGACAUUAGUAACCCUGUGAAGACACACGAUUUGCCACCGUUAAAAACACCACAGCGUGUCCUCCCACCCCUUCCCCAGCUGCCGUGUCAUCAAGCUGUGCCUGAAAGACCCUUGCCAGCUAACCCUUCACUGAGGUUUGCCCAG